UCUCUUUCCCCUCUUUUCUGCACUCUUGCUAUCCACCGCCGCUGCAAUGGAGAUGAGAAAGAUUGCUUGCACCGUCCUGAUCGCCGCUGCCUCAGCCACCGCCGCCUUGGCCGCUGAUGCCCCAGCACCCAGCCCUGCCACCAGCGCUGCCUCUGAGGUCACCCUUGCAAUUGGCGUCAUGAUCGGGGCUUCCGUCCUCUCCUUCUUCGCCUUCUAAUUGCAGUAGGUCUUGCAAGGAGAUAGAAAGAGCAAGACCAUCCAUGUGGAAAUUAAGA